CACGCACAGCCCAAGAUGGCGGUGCAGGCGCCGCUCCCCCACGCGCGGGCCGUGGCGGGUUGCGGUGCCGGGCUGCGAUGCCGGGCAGCUCACCGCUGCUGCCGGGCCCGGGCGGGACGGGGAGGAGACACUACCUCCCUGACCUCCCUCCCUCCGCGGCCGGGGCAGUCGCUCCUCGCCCGCCCGGAAGCCGCUCUCGGCGGAAAACCCCAUGAGGCCAGGCCCCGGCGGUGGCCGCCUCACUGCCGCUCCCCUCUCCCCCGCGGCGGCCGCGGGCUCCUUUCGCUUUGCAUCGGUCUUGCCGCUGCUGCCGCCCUCCCUCCGGCCCUCCGCGGCUCCCGGCGACGGCAGCGGACAACAAUGAAUGUGGAACAUGAAAUUAACCUCUUAGUUGAGGAGAUUCGGCGGUUGGGAUCCAAAAAUGCUGAUGGACAAGUGAGUGUGAAAUUUGGUGUGCUCUUUGCUGAUGAAAAGUGUGCCAACCUCUUUGAAGCUCUAGUGGGAACUCUUAAGGCUGCAAAACGACGAAAGAUUGUCUCUUAUCAAGGGGAGCUACUUUUACAAGGUGUUCAUGACAACGUUGAUAUCAUGCUACUGCAGGACUGAAGCAGUAUGCAUUUCAGCUGUGUGUUAAUUGAAUUGUUUCAGGCAGUCACUUGUAACAUCCUCUGAAUAAGGCUGAUGAUUCUAAUAUGUUUUGAUGUAUUUUCUAUAUCUUUCUAGUCAAAAGGAAGCCAUUCUAUUUUGGAAAACAUUCCCUUUUGUAAUUCUUCUUCAAACAGUACUGUACACAAUUAAGGUGAAAGAUGCCUUUUUUUUUUUUUUUUAAAUCUCAGGUUAAUGCUCAUAAAGGUAUUUGAUGGUUAUUUUCAACACAUGAAGGGGACUGAUAACUUAAUGUUUACAAAUUAAAAUGUGCCAUGAAAAUGUAAAAUAAAAGUGCAUACUUAAA